GAUGUGAGUUCAGCCGCGUUGUUAUUAGCCUCUAAAGUGGGUAUGAUUUCCAAGAUAAAUCUUCAUGAUCUUGCCGGAUGGUGUAGUCUUCUUAAACUUCACGACCAAAAGCUUGUUACUGAUAAGGAGAUCGAUCGUUGGACCCGAGCUAUAAGAAAUGCAGAAAGUGCAAUAUUCGAAGCACAACAUCUCACAUGCUUUGAUAUUGAGCUUCCUUAUGCAUAUCUAUUCGAAAUUUGCAGCAAGGCUUCAGGACUUGGUAGAGAAUUGAAGGCAAAAAUUUCUUCCGAAGCUUACGCCUUUAUAGAAAUUAGCAUGAAGACACCGAUCAUGUUGUUUUUUAGUCCAGGCACUGUCGCAGCUGCCGCGUGGUGGCUGGCGUCCAAAUCUGUGGAUUGUCCCCAAAACGAUGACCCAACAACGAAUAAGCUUUGGUGGUGUACGGUUGAUCGUCCAAGGGAUUUGUAUGCUAUUUCUGCCGCCGUCGAUUAUAUGUUGCAAGCAUACAGUAAGGGCGUGACCAUAAAAAAAAAG